GUACAGUGCAAAAGACAUGAAGCAUCGGCUGGGUUUCCUACUGCAGAAAUCAGACUCCUGUGAACAUAAUUCUUCUCAUGGCAAGAAGGACAAAGUUGUCAUUUGUCAGAGGGUAAGCCAAGAGGAAGUCAAGAAAUGGGCUGAAUCUUUGGAAAACCUGAUUAGUCAUGAAUGUGGGCUGGCAGCUUUCAAAACUUUCCUGAAGUCUGAAUACAGUGAAGAGAACAUUGAUUUCUGGAUCAGCUGUGAAGAAUACAAGAAGAUUAAAUCACCUUCCAAACUAAGUCCGAAGGCCAAAAAGAUCUAUAAUGAAUUCAUCUCAGUCCAGGCAACAAAAGAGGUGAACCUGGAUGCCUGCACCAGGGAGGAGACAAGCCGGAACAUGCUGGAGCCUACAAUAACCUGCUUCGAUGAGGCGCAGAAGAAGAUCUUCAACCUGAUGGAAAAGGAUUCAUACCGCCGCUUCCUCAAGUCCCGAUUCUAUCUUGAUCUGACCACCCCAUCCAGCUGUGGGUCAGAGAAGCAGAAAGGAGUCAAGAGUUCUGCAGACUGUGCUUCCCUGGUCCCCCAGUGUGCCUAAUUCCCACUGGGGUGCGGAAAGCCAAGACUCUGUGCUCUGGAAACCAGAGGCCAACUAUUGAGCUGUAUUAAGCACCAAUGCUUUGACCACAUUGUAACCCCAUAUCCAUGCUGCCUGGCAUGUGUGAGCCACUCCCAUGUAGAAACUAGAUUUUGUUU